GCGUCUUUGACACGUCGAGCCAGGACUGGGGUCCAACUGUCAAAACCACCAACCAAAGCCUCGUUCAAUCCUUCUUAGAAACCACGUCUCGAAAAGAAAAACAAAAUGACUACACCACAGCAGCCAGCCCAGCCUCCCCAGGGCAAUCCACCCCCCCGCCACCCUUCCCUACGUCCUCGACCUCUGGCUUCUCGGCGCGAUGCCAGCCAGCAGACCAGCCCUGAUCAUGCACCGUAAGUGAGCCAUUGCAUUUUGGGUAGUUGGAUUCUCUGGCUGAUACGGGACGAGCAACAGUGCUUCGAAGAGAGCCCGUCCUAACACCCCGGCUAGCGCGAGCGGCCGCGCGAAUAUGAGCGGUCAGCGUGUUGUUAACACUGGGACUGGUGCGAAUGGCCAGGCGGGCGGCGGGAGACAGCAGGCUGGUGUCGGUCAGGGUGGUGUUAAUCAGGGUGUUGCUCAGGGUGGUGUUCAUCAGGGUGGUGUUAAACAGGAGAGUGUCAACCAGGCGACUGUCAACCCAGCGAGUGCCGCCCAGGCGAAUGCUAGCCAGGCGAAUGUCAGCUGGGCGAAUGCUAACCAUGCGAAUGCCAACCACGCGAGUGCCGCCCAGCCAGGUAUCAACCAGGCCGGCGGAGCUGGAGCCAACCCAGCGCAUUUCAUCCACCCCGAUCUCUACCAUAUAUUCCAGGCUUCCGCCGAGCAAUACAACCGUUGCAACAUCGCGAUCUUCCGCGUUGGCCCGAGCCCUGUAAAGUUUCACGUGGACAUCGACCACCUACUCGUGCGCAGCCCCAACUUUCAUCGAUUCUGCAUGGUCGAGUGCGCCGAGCGCGGCGAGCAGCACAAGCCCCGCCUCAUCCACCUUCCCGACGUCUGCCCGACCACCUUCUCGCACUUCCUCAAAUGGAUGGGCAACGGCGAUCCGUUCGGCGGCCGCCCCUUGCCUGACCUCGCGCCCUUCUUCAGCCUCUGGCGCUUCUCGGAGCGGUUCCAGUGCUUCCUGCUGCAGUCCGACCUGCUGGCGUACCUGCACCGCUGGCUGGGCAAGCACCGCGGCCUCUUCGGGGUCUCCGUCAUCCGGCUCGUCUACACCAUGUUUGAACGGGACUCGCACAUGCGCAAGAUGGUCGUCGAGGUCAACGCGUGGCGCUCGGGGCUGGCCGACUUCCAGAACUCCAAGGCCGACGUCCCGCGCGAGUACGUCGAGGAUCUGGCCGAGGCGCUGUUGUCCGUCCGCAGAACUGACCCGCUCACUGGAUUGCCCGGGGACUUCGUUGCGCGCUACAUGCCGACGGAGGAGGAGAAAGUGGAUUCGGAGUCGGAGUAGGGGGUGAUGUUACGGGCCCUGCGGGUUUCUCCAGUUGUUGCUGUUGCUGAUGAGGUUGG